AUGGAAGAAAACAGCAAAGCAGAUAAAACAGGAAAAUUUGUCAGUGCAAAUUCAGAUAUUGGCGCGACGAGACGAUUCAAGUUGUUGAAAAAUUUUCUCUUUGUUAUGUUGAGUGUUAAAAAGAGCAGAGAAAAGAUUUUUCAUUACUUCACCUACAUUCUCGAUCGGCAUCAAGAUGAAAUUUGUUGCUUUUGGUUUUCUAUGUGA